UUCCUCCUUCUGGAUCAGUUCUGCUUCUUGUAGCACUCUCUUUACAGAUGGGUUGCCUGAAAUACCGGGUAUUGUUCAGGGGCUGGAAAUAAGGGCUGACUUGGCACCCUGGCAACCAGUGACAUCUUAAUUUGCAGAAGGCAAAACUUGAGGUAGUUCCUAGAAAAAUGCAGGGUUUCUUCACCUGAUUCUCUGUGACCAGCUGCCCAGAAGCAGAUAUUAGGAAAGCAGAGACCACCUCCCACCAGAGAAUAAUGUAAUGUAUUCUAUCCUAAGCUUCCUGUAAUCCUUUAAAUCUGGUAAGAGCUUCUCAAGUCAUUUCAGUGAGGAGGAAGAGGUUUCUUGCAUACUGUUCAAGAUGCAGGUUCACUGUCCACAUAGGCAGUAUUGAUUCCAGUAUCGCUGUGCCUUGGUAGCUUUCCAUUUGCUGCAUUAAGAGUAAACUUAUUUCUACUUUCACUCAGUUCUGCUGCAGUAACUACACUGAAUAUUUGGUCCAUUUCUCAAGCAGGUAACUACAGUGCAGUGUCCAAUGUAACAGGCCACUUUUGGUGGUCUCUCAGACCAGAGAGCAGAUGGAGACUUCCCCACCUUCCUUCCUUCCUCCUGCUGUUGCGUGUAAGGAAUGGUCAGGAGAGUUUCCCCAGGAAAAGCAUAAAGAAGGAGCAGCCAAAAGAGAGGAUUCAGUGAUAACUUGCAUGGAGUGAACUCUUAAGAUAAUGUAAUGGCGUGUGUUCUCUGUCGUGGUUACUUCUGAAUAUUCAGAAGUGCUCAAAGUAUGAAGUGCACAAGUAAUACCUGAGUACCAUAGGCAAAUAAACCUCAGACAGUAUGGAUGCAUUUAGACAUUCUACCUAGUAUUCAACAAGAAAAUGCAAAAAGACCUGAACUUUUGCUCUUACUGCCAUCCUGAUAAAUGCAAACGCCAGAGGAGAAACACUUGUGCUGACAAUAAUUGUAUUAAAAGUAAAUGGUGAAAGAAAAACAAAAUACCAUAUAUACAUACAUAGAUGUAUGUAUGUAUUGUUGUACAGUAGCUUUUGUGCAAACUAGGUGCUUGUCCUUGGGGUGCCCUAGAUGAAUUGGUGCAAAUGCUGCCCAGCAGACAGCCUCCCUUAGGAUCGCGCGACCAUGACUGAGUCUCGGGCGCCCGCUCCAGGGUGACGUGGGGCUGCCGGGCAGGUGAUGUAGCCCUUGCGCUAGCAGAGAGCCAGGAUGUGAUAGCUCUGGCUGUCCUCGUCGUUCGCACUUGCUGACCAGACGCAUCCGUUAGCGGAGAGGCAAGGCUGCCCGGGCUGCGCGGUUGCUCCGUGCCGAGCGCGUUUUAAAAAGUUGGACCCGUAGCGCUGCCUGGGGGGCGGGCGGAGGAGAGCGCGCCUGCCGCCCUCGGGCUGCUGGGGUAGAAGAUGGCUGGGAGCCCCGCGGGGGCGGGGCCGGGGGCGGAGCCUCCCUGCUCGGCCUGGCCUGCACACGUGUUGGGCCUGCCGCCCUGCACGGUUCGGCUCGGCUCCAUGGCCACGGCGGGCACUGCCACUGCCUCCUGCCCCAUCCCGGGCGGCCGCGAUCUCCCCGCGCCGGACGGCUACGGCUCCACGCCGGGCGGCACCCUCUACUCAACCACGCCGGGGGGUACCCGCAUCAUCUACGACCGCAAGUUCCUGCUGGAGUGCAAGAAUUCACCCGUGGCCAGGACCCCUCCCUGCUGCCUGCCCCAGAUCCCCGGUGUCACCUCCCCGGCCCAGCCCAGCCUCGUCAAGCUGGGGGAGCUCAAGGAGCAGAAUGAGAGUGAAGAAACCAUGCCAGAUCAAGACCAAUUUGAGAUGGACAUCUGAGUUCUCAGUUCCCCGUCUCCAGGCCAUGGCUGGGCCUGUUUCUGGGCCUUGUGGAGGUGCUGGCACCGCAAGUGGCUGGCUGCAGCCCUCUCUGUGAUGCUGGGGAUGGACGCGUGACACCUCAUGGGCUCCAGCACAACUGGCUGGUGCAACUGCCUAGAGAGCUCACGCUUGAUCAAUAAACACCAUGAAACCCC